ACUAUCGGGACGCCGUCGUCCUCCUUCUGCCUACGUACACAUAUAAGGCUGCACGCUAGGGUUUCCGCCAUUGCUGCAGCAGGCAACUCCACCGAGUCCGAGCUGAAGCCGAACCUUCCGAACAUUUUGCGCUGCUCCAAUGGCUCCCAAGAGAGGUGUAAAAGCUCCCGCUGCAGCUAAGAAGAAGCAGGAGAAGGUGACGAAUCCUUUGUUUGAGAAGAGGCCGAAGCAGUUUGGCAUUGGAGGAGCCCUGCCUCCGAAGAGGGACUUGACCAGAUUCGUCAAGUUCCCGAAGACUGUACAGAUUCAGAGGAAGAGGAGGAUCCUCAAGCAAAGGUUGAAGGUUCCCCCGACUUUGAACCAGUUCACAAAGACCCUUGACAAGAAUUUGGCGACCAACCUGUUCAAGAUGCUCCUCAAGUACAGGCCUGAGGACAAAGCAGCCAAGAAGGAACGGCUCAUGGCUAAGGCCAAGGCUGAGGCAGAAGGGAAAUCAACAGGACUUGACGCUAAGAAGCCGAUUGUUGUGAAAUAUGGUCUUAACCAUGUCACCUACCUUAUUGAGCAGAACAAGGCACAAUUGGUAGUCAUCGCUCAUGAUGUGGAUCCGAUCGAAUUGGUCGUCUGGCUUCCUGCCCUGUGCAGGAAAAUGGAAAUCCCUUACUGCAUCGUGAAGGGAAAAGCACGUCUUGGAACAAUCGUCCACAAGAAAACUGCCUCAGUUCUCUGCUUGACGACAGUGAAGAACGAAGACAAGAUGGAAUUCAGCAGGAUCCUUGAGGCCAUCAAGGCGAACUUCAACGACAAGUACGACGAGUACAGGAAGAAGUGGGGCGGCGGAAUCAUGGGUUCGAAAUCGCAGGCGAAGACCAAGGCUAAGGAGAAGGUUCUUGCCAAGGAAGCUGCCCAGAGGAUGAGCUAGGCCUCCUUGUCUCCCAUAUAGUACCCACCUCGUUUUUAUUUAGAAAUCUCCAAGGCUGAGUUUUGUUUUUUGUUUUCAGAGAUGAUUUUAUUUGAAAUUAUUCCAGAAAUUUUGUUCAUUUUUGACAAUUUUAAGCAUUGCGUGACAUCAUUCUGUGAACCUACGAUUGCCUUUCAUCUGUGACAUCAUCUUUUGAACUUGAAA